UAUAUCUGAGAUAGCUACCACGUGACACUAGCCCCUAAUGAUACAGCAAGGGUGCUCUAUUGGUCGAUGCACAUCUCACUGUUGCCUAGCGAAACCUACCGAGCGUAUAAAGAACAAAAACCAGAAACUCAACUAUCAUCUCAUAUUUAAGCUGACUUCAAGUAAUAUCAAUUUAUUCAUAUACCGUUUUUAUUUGCAUCACCAUGUCUGUGUUCGCCCCCAAAAUCGCCCCAGCAGAACUCCAAGAGCCCCCCUCCGCCAUCGACCAAAAAGCCCAGAUCCUCGUAGACCACAUACGGAAAAGCAAGCACUUUAUUGCUUUCACGGGUGCCGGGAUCUCCACUUCUGCGGGCAUCCCCGACUUCCGCGGCCCAGAGGGCAACUGGACGCUGCGCGCCCAAGGGCGGCAGCGCACGGAAAAAGUAAACACAUUAACUGCUAUUCCGACGCCUACGCAUAUGGCGUUGGUGGAGCUGCAGAAUCGGGGGAUGUUGAAGUAUCUUGUUAGUCAGAACUGUGAUGGACUGCAUAGGCGGAGUGGAAUAUUGCCAGGCCGCAUAUCCGAACUCCACGGCAACAGCAACCGCGAAUUCUGCCAGAGCUGCGGAAAGGAGUAUCUCCGCGACUUCCGCGCGGUCGCCACCUACGAGAAAAGCGACCAUGACCACCGCACGGGCCGGCGCUGCGCGCUCCCAAACUGCGCCGGCCCCCUCCUCGACAGCAUCGUCAACUUCGGCGAAGACCUGCCCGCCAAGCAUCUCUCCUCCGCCCGCGCGCACGCCAAGCAAGCAGAUCUGUGCCUCACGCUCGGCUCCUCUCUCACCGUGACGCCCGCGAACGAAAUCCCAGCCGUCGUCGGCAAGCGGAAGGGCGGGAAGCUGGUGAUCUGUAACCUUCAACCCACGCCGCUCGACGACCUCACCAGCGUACGGAUCUAUUCAAAGACGGAUGAGCUGAUGACGGGAGUUAUGGCGAAGCUCGAGAUCCCGAUUCCGCCGUUUGUGCUGCGGCGGCGGUUGGUGGUUGAGAUGGAGAGCGCGGGGGGUGCGAAGCCGCGGCACGCGAUGACGAUUAGCGGGGUUGAUGUGGACGGGACGCCGGCGACGUUUCUGCAGUCGGUGAAGCUGAAGGAUAGCAGACGGGUGGUGCGGGCGGAGCCGUUUGUGAUUAGUUUCCGGGAGGAGUUGGAGGAGGGGAGGGAGUUGAGGUUGGAGCUGGAGUUUAUGGGACAUUAUGGCGAGUGCAAUGCGGAGGUUGUGCAUGUUUUUAGCGGGGACCGGGGGUCACGGAGCGAGCAUUUGCUGGAGUAUGAGGUUGGUGGGCAAGGGUGGGUGGUGUCACAGGUGUAGUAAAGCAGAGACUUGAAAGAGAGUCUAGAACAAAAAGAUACCAAGCUAGAUACCCCCUUGUCAUCGCCGAAAGUCAUAAUUUAGAGAGCAGGCUCCUUGCCUCUUCGUUAAGCCGUUCGCCGA